CUUCCCAAUGCUGAAGAGUUGACACAGCACAAGAUUGAAAUGAUCCUGAAUCGAAGAAACUGCAUGUUUGUCACCCUGCAGAUCAUUGAAAGCAAUUUCCCUGAGCUGUUGUCCCUGAACUUACAAUGCAACAAACUGUACAAACUGGAUGGCCUGGCUGACAUUGUGGGGAAGGCCCCCCACCUCAAGAUUCUGAACCUGUCCAAAAAUGAACUCAAUUCCAUCUGGGAGUUAGAGAAGGUGAAGGGCCUGAAGCUGGAAGAGUUGUGGAUAAAAGGGAACCCGUUUUGCAGCAAGUUCCCAGACAAGUCUGACUGUGUGAGGUAGGUCACGCCUUCGUGCCCACCUGGGGACCUGUGU